GCGAUACACCCUGUGCGUCAGUUUAUCAAACAGACCUUUUUCCGGAUCUGGAGAGGAUGGAUCAUUUUAGCUUACUUGUGUUUGGUCUUUUUCUGCUGCCCUUGGCGUUUACAGAAACCCAAGUAAGAUUAGUACAAGACGGCAGUGCCUAUCGAGGCUAUGUUGAGAUCUUAUACGACGGACAAUGGAGGGCCCUUUGUUACGAUAACAUUCAACCAUCAACAGAAACAGCCAAUGUUAUCUGUGGGAUGCUGCGAAACACAACACAAUACACAGUAAAUGCAACAUUGUCGGCGUCUUACCAACCGGACAUGACGAGCGGUAUUUCAUUGCCAAAUCUUCGAUGUGAUGGAGAUGAAAUGGACAUUCUGUUCUGCAAGUCAAACCGAUGGUCUGUGCAAGGCAUAUGCCCUUAUGGAGUGGUUCACGUAUCUUGCAACACCCAGGUGUACAGCAAUAUGGUCAAUGGCGGAGUGGUUGGGAACCCUUAUACCAUAUUUCAUAUCUGUCAGGACUAUUUUUCACAUGCUGAUGCCACUGUGUAUUGUCGGACUGCGUAUCUACCAUCAUGGAACGUUAGUUAUACGACGGGUGCGAAUACAGACUAUUCAUCUUACAAGCUGCGAUUGGGUUGCCAAGGAAACGAAGAAGAUGUUUCUGAGUGUAACGUCUAUGAGACUUACUGCAAUGGAAACCCGUAUAACGGAGUGAAUAUUUUUUGUAACGAAACUGAAAUCAUACUCAGAGGCGGGCCUAACAAUUUGCACGGAACGAUAAGCGUAUAUGAAAAUGGUUACAUGAGAUACAUCUGCUCAGACGGGUUUGGGCCGAACGAAGCACGCGCAGUGUGUGCAAAUCUCAAUGGCACAGCGGUGACAGGCAAAAUAACUCGUUCAUAUGUUGGAAGUAACUACGGCUUGAUAACCAACCUACGAUGUCAUGGAAUGGAGUCCGAUAUUUCCAUGUGCACAUCUACAAGGAAUGGAUACUGCAGCAGUGGAUACGCUGCAGCUGUUGACUGUAAUGAAGUCCGGCUAAUGGAUGGCACUGAUGAUAGCAGUGGCCGAUUGGAGAUCUACAACACAUCCUCCAACUCAUGGAGCACAGUCUGUCAGAGAGCAGGUUUUUCUUAUGCAGAGGCGAACGUCGUUUGCCGUCAAUUAGGGUUUUCCAAUGGUUUGAAUGGAUACAGCACAAGUGGGAAUGGUGGGAAAGGAGACAUAUUUACAUCCGUGUUCCAUUGCCGUGGUUAUGAGUGGGACCUCAACGACUGCAUUGUUGACCACCACCGGAGUGUGCACUGUAGCCACCAGGACGAUAUAUAUUUAAAUUGUGGAAACUAUUACACCACACAGACUACGACCCUGUCACCUACGCAGGUUCGUCUUGUUGGUGGCGGGUACAAUUCUGGGAGAGUGGAGGUAUAUUACGAGGGCCAGUGGGGCACAGUGUGUGCCAGAAACUUUGACUACCGAGACAUGGAGGUCAUCUGUAGGACGCUAGGUUACUACUCAGGGGGUGGUAGAUUUUACACUGGAAACGCCGGCAUGGAAGGGAACGUGAUGAUAGAACAUCUUGAUUGUCAUGGCAAUGAAUACCACUUGGACCAAUGCCCUUCCAAGGCGUGGCUCUCAAACACGUGUGAUCACAGCGAAGACAUCAGCAUCGAUUGCGGAUAUUACGAUUACACAUCCACUCAGCACAUGCCACAAUCUCACAAUGGACAGGCGACUGAUGGUGAUAUCCGACUUUCGAAUGGCGGCUACGACCAUGGUAGACUGGAGGUCUUCUACAAUAACCGAUGGGGUACUGUGUGUAUGCGUGGCUUCGACUAUAACGAUGCAAGAACCGUUUGCAGAAUAUUAGGGCUCUACCAAGGUGACAGCUACCUAUCGUACUACGAUGCCAUUAACGCUUAUGGUUUGGCGUAUACAAAUAUUCUGGUGGAGGAUCUCCGUUGCCAAGGAGACGAGUGGAGUCUUGCACAAUGCGACUCAGGACGGCCAUGGACAAACACCACAUGUGAUCAUUACUAUUACUCAGAUGUUGGUGUGAGUUGUCGAGGAAACUAUUACUCGACAUCUACGCCAGUCCCAGUCAUGAGUUCGAGUCACAGCCAAUGUGGAGGACAUUUCUACGGAACAAGUGGACUUAUCACAUCACCAAACUACCCAAAUAACUAUGGAGACAACGAGAAUUGCAUCUAUAAUAUUAAUGUCCCAAGUGGUUUUUCAGUGUGCUUGCAAUUUGAUAACUUUACGACAGAAACUUGUUGUGAUCAUUUAAUAUUUUAUGAUGGACCUUCUACGGGUUACCGGCAACUUGUAAGUUUAUCUGGACAAAGCAAUGAAACGCAUAUGUGUACGUCAGGAAAUUAUCUUACCGCCCAAUUCCGUACAGAUGGAUCUGUGACACUCCAAGGAUUCGAGGCAAACUAUACAGCCGUUCGAUUGAAUGCCUACAGAGACAAUAUCAGACUUGUUGACGGUCUUAACAAUUACACUGGACGUGUUGAGAUUUUUCACGACGGUCAGUGGGGCACAGUGUGUGAUGACGACUUUGGUUACGAGGAAGUCGUGGUGGUGUGUCGGAUGCUGGGACUGUUCCAAGGACAGGGAUACGGGCGUUUUUACACAUCAAGUGUAACAGGAACAGGUCAAAUAUGGCUGGAUGAUCUAGGUUGUCACGGACACGAGUAUUCUCUCGACCAGUGUAGGUCAAGCGGAUGGGGUUCCCACAAUUGUGGUCACGGUGAAGAUGUUGGAGUUAAUUGCAACGAUUAUUCUGGUAAUUACUACACUUCCGAAUACACAACCCAAUUAUACCGAACAGAAACAACAACUUACCGUCACAGCAUGACGACUGGCACAAGUGAGCAAGUCCGGCUGGUAAACGGUCCUAACUAUCACAGCGGCCGGGUGGAAGUCUACCAUAACGGUCAAUGGGGUACGAUUUGCGACGACAACUUUGACCACCUGGAUGUUAUUGUGAUCUGCAGAAUGCUCGGUCUUUACCAGGGGUCUAGUUAUGGACAGGCUUACAGCGGUGCGCAUUUUGGACAAGGGUCCGGUCAGAUAUGGUUGGACACACUGGAAUGUAACGGGUAUGAAUCAAGUAUCAGCCAGUGCAGUCAUCAGUCGUGGGGCUCGCACGAUUGCUCGCACUCGGAAGAUGCAGGGGUCGACUGUUAUGCAAACAUAUACGAGACGACGGCGAUAGAAUAUGCAAGCACUACAUUUCCGAGGUGGCAGACGACAUUCAAUCCUUGGUGGCAGACUACUGCAGGUUACACCAUCCAAGACGCCAUUCGGGUGGGGUGCAGCGAGACGGGCUGGGACAUCCAGGUGGACAUGGGCAUGCUGCGCCGAGUGUACCCGAACGCUCGUGCAUCCGACAUCUAUCUGGGAGAGAACACUUGCACGGGCGUGGAGUCCUGGUACCGCGUGGUCUUCCAGCAGGGUCUCAAAGAAUGUAUCACGAGUGAAACGGUAAGGCACGACGUUCUCGUCUACUCGAACCAACUCGUGUACGCGGAGAGAGACCCCGUUCACUCGUUUAUCAUCCGCCAUUACAACUGGACGGUCGGUGUAGAAUGUGACAUACAGAGGAACGAGAGCUCUUCCGGUCACAUAGAGCACGAAAACAACAACCAUCAAGGUGGCCCGCUGGUGUCUGGCGCGAGCCACUAUACGGUGAACAUGACGUUCUACCUGGACCCGAACUUUCAACAGCCUCUUCCCAGCAAUCCUCUGCGCGUGCCAGUGGGCACGGACGUGUAUGUGAAGGUGUUUACCCAGGCCACGGACUGGACGGUGAAGAUGCGCGUGCACACGUGCUAUACAAAGCCCUCUCCUACGUCACCGGAUCAUCUGCGAUACAACCUCAUCCAGAACGGUUGUGAAAAGGACACCAACACUCACCUGAUCUCGCAGUCCACGCACGAGACGAGAUUUGUGUUCAAAGACUUCGAGUAUACGAGCGAUCAUCAGGGAAUCCACGUGAUGUGCGACGCCACGUUUUGUAGCACUUCUGAUUACAGUCGCCAAUGCACACAGACCUGCAAUCCCACGAUCAGAAGAAACGUCAACGUUAAAAGAGGCGAUGAUGUGACGACGUCUUCUUAUGACUUCACCACAGAGGGUGUAACUGGAUCUGAUAAGAUAACCACGGAGGAUAAGGUCGGUGAUAUCCAGUAGACAGCGCAUGAAAACCUCGCCUGAUUUUGUGACGCCAGUGUUUGAUAACUUUGACAAGUUAUUUUGUCAUCAAUAACGCUAGCGUUAUGUAAAAAAAAGAUAUGAAAUGCAAUCGACUGUAGACACCAAUAUUCCACAGAUCAGUUAUUAAUCUUAUUAAUCGGCAAUCGUCGAAAAAAAUAAGAGUUUGUAUUCACAAUGUUAUGUUAUUCAGCUGGCUUAUGGAUUUAUCAAAUUUGCAUUCAUCUUAAUUUUGUUUAUGGUUAAUAUAUAUGGUGUGCCCUGUUAAUAUGACACUAUAGUUAACUAAUAAUAAUAAUAAUAAUAAUUAUAAUACUACUACUUCUGCUACUACUAAUACUAAUAAUUAUUAUAAUAAUAAUACUAAUAAUAAUAAUAUAAUAAUAAUUAUUAUUAUUAUAAUUAUUAUUAUUAUUAUUAUUAUUAUUAUUACUAUUACUAUUUAAUGUAUUAUUAUUAUUAUUAUUUAAUUAUUAUUAUUAUUAUUAUUUCAAAUUCAAUUAUCCGAUUAAAUGUAGAAUGACCAGACAUGUGUUUAUUUUGGAAAAAAAGUUGACUUGCAUGUAAUAUUCAUUGUCUGUGCGACGAUUUACUCAUUUUAAGGUAGUGGGAGCCUAAUGAGUACUUUUUCAGAAACAGAAUUUGUUAUUAUUUUCAUAUUGUAAAUUGUAUAUCAUCCCUUAAUGCAAAAUUUAAAAAAACAUUUAACAAGCAAGUAAACUUUUUACACUUGGUUAGAAACACCUACCAUCGACUCGGUUGGGCGUUUUCUAUAUUGAUUGACCCUAUAUCCAAAAUGUUUAGUUUUUUAAAAUGGGAUUUACAUAAAUGUUGACAUUAAACUAAAUAAACAUUA